AUGGCAUGGACUAAUCAAUAUAACCCAUCGGGUGAAACAACCGGCCACAAUCUGCGCAGCUUCCUCGGCAUCGUCGAAAUACUGACGGUCCUUCUGGAGGCCCGGCGCGAGAUGCGAAAGCCAGACGGCAGUAAUGGACAAACAAUCUCCACGGGCCGGGCCCUACUUGUAGAAGCAACUGCUGCUACCUGGCUUGUGGGAACCAGAUUAGAGCAUCAUGAGCUAUACCAGUACAACUUAGAGAACGCCCACAACGUGUUUUCCACGAUGCAGCAGAGCGAAUCAGUAUACUGGCAAGGACCCGGUAACAUGUUGAUCCCUGCGCCAUGGCAGGACAAUGUGAUCCCAAGCGACCCGGAUUUCUCGCAAUUUGCCGCAGACGACGCAUUGUGUCGCAUGGGACAUUCCGAGCGUAUCCAUGCUUCGUCGAACUUUUUCCUCUACGGCGGUUGUACUGGGCGUUCUUCAACAAUGGCGGCCCUUGCAAUGCAACUACUGGAAAAUAGCACAACCAACAUGCUACUCAGCGGGAACCAGGCGAUCGCGACGGAGGAUGAAAAUGCCGGUGGCUGGGGAGGAGUCAUUGCCGCGUAUUUGUACUCCAUUUGA